UGUGUUUCAGCAGCGCGUGAAGAAAGGCUACCUGAGGUAAAUAUGUCUCCAGCUUCCUUCCCGCAUGUCUUCUACUGUUGCAUAAGUAAUAUAAUCUCCAGCUAAGCCAGACUGACGCAUGAUUUUUUUGUGCAUUUUAAGAAAUUCUAUGUAAGACAGCAUAUAUAGCACUCUAAUAUCUAAUAAUGUUUCUAUGGAACAAUGCUGUUUGGAGAGUAAUAAUAUGGGAUUGUUGAGGAGCGUCAAGGAGAAAUCCUUGUCUUCACUUGAAUCAUUAAUGAGUUAUAUCUCAAAGGGAUAGCCCAGUCAGUUUCAAGAUGGGCUUAACUUGGAUGUGGAUGACUUCCUGUCAAGCACUGUCCGACCAACACUGAAGAGUUGGAACAAGAAGAUGCCAAAUAAAUGGCUAACAUCCAAUUGCUUAAUUAAAUCUGCUGUUAAAAUGCUAACUUAGGUUCAAUUACAUUACAGCUUUAUUCACAGAAGGCAUCUAAAGUUAGAAGGCUUCAAGAGUAACCAGAAAUGUGACAGCCGGCCGAAGGAGAAACUUGAGUGUAGAUUAGUGAUGUAGAAUCUCUUUUUCAUACAAAAACAAUUUGUGCAUGUAAUUUGAAAAUCGAAGUUCCAAAGUUUGAAGGUAGAGUAGAGACAGAAGUGAAGUUGCUUGAGGUUCAAUGUUUCCCCUGUCAGAUAUGAUUUGGGGUGCCUGCUGGCUGUUCAUCAACAGUCCAACAUCAGCAAAACUGUCUACCAGAAAAUCUUAGCGUACUCCACGGUCUCUUCUGGUGACUUUAUGAAGUUUGUCAUUUCAAGCAGUACUUAAUACCUGCCCACUCUGCCAAACGUAGUGGUAUCUGAUUUGAUCACCAUGGUAUAGACCAGUGGUUCUCAAACUUUUUUCAGUGAUGUACCCCCUUAAAAAUAUAUUUUUAGUCAAGUACUCCCUGACACGGGCAAAACAUUUUUGGAAGAAAAAAAACAGUGCUGUAAAAUCACUGAUUUAUUAAAGCCGAACACCUUAUUUCAGUGAACCUGACAAAUACAUCCAUAUUGCAAACGUUGCAUGUAGAAACAAAAAAGAAAAACAGAACACAGUGACCACCAGGAAGGCAUAAAACCAGUCAAAACUGAAAUAUGCAAAACACUGCUAACUUAUAUUGGUCUCUGAAAUGGUACAAAAUUAAAUAUAUUGUAGGGUUGCAAUCAAAAAAAUCAAACAAAGUCCAGAAGUUGUAGAGCUCUCAUUUGUUUUAUCUUUUUUUCCAAAAACAUUUCCAUCCAGUUACAGCAUGACAUGUUCACACACAAGAGGGAGAGUCCCGAUCUAACACACCUGCCUUUUAAAGCAUUGGCUCUUCCUUGACUAAUUAAGGGGUGGAGUCAACAUUUACAAGUGAAAAAAACAUUUGUACUACACUAUAUUCCUAGAAAGAAAUUUACAUUUCAACUAACAACCUUCAAAACUAAAACAAAAACAAUCUGGGCCCCAAAUUAAAUCCAAACACAUCUCCCUUCCCUCUCAAACAAUAGAUUCUGAGGUUGAUUGAAAACACCAGGUCCUUGUCAGCACUGCUCAUGGGCGGGCUUCCAUGGCAACACCUGACCAGGUGACCUCAAAGAGAAGAAAAGUGAUUAAAACAAAAACACCAAACAAAGCAAGUUGCUUCCUCCAAACAAAAUACAGUUAAUAAAUAAAUUGGAAUAUAGCAGCACAAACACAUCACCUUUUAGGGAGGGGUAAAUCCCUCACAUAUAUACAAAAAUAACUAAAAAGUGUUCACAGAAAUAAAUCUAUAACUUAAUUACAAAAUAAAUUAUAUUUUGUUUCCAAAAUAAAUUUACUUUAUAAAUAAAGAUUUGCUCGCAAAAAAAACAAUAAACGUUACCUCUUUUCAGAUAAAAAAAGAAGAUUGCACUUUAAUCACUUUGCAUUGAACAUUUGAUUCGGUUUGAACAGUAAGUUACGGUGUCAUUAGACAGAGUUUUUAAUGUAUCCGCUGAUUUUUUGCACAGGAUAGUUUCAACAGCAGCGGGGAGCAACAGGUCUUCCGCUAUGGUGAACGGUUUUUUAGCUUUAGCAACGAGCAAAGACACCGCGUAAGAAGCCUCCGAGGCUUUGGCUGAUGUAGUGGAGGCUUUUCGCAUUGUGGCUUUGAAUGACUUGAACUCAGAAAGUUUUCUCCUGAAGAACUCCGGUGUCUUACCAACAUGGCAUCCAUGUUUUGUGGUGAGAUGCCGCUGGAGGUGUGCCGGCUGCAUGCUAGCCGGCUGCAUGCUAGCGUUGGCUAAUUUCUCCCCGCAAAAAACCCCCACAGUGCCUGGGGGGUCAGAGAUCGUGGACGUAAAUCCCAUUAAAACAUACUUUUCCAUGUAUGUUCUGUACUUCGUCGGCUCUGGUUUUGCCUUCUUUUUCACUUUAUCUGAACUUUCAGCAGCAUUGCUGCUAGGCUUUAGCCACGUCUAUUUUAAAGGGUAUUGAAACUAAAUACUGAAUAUAAAAUUCAGUGCAUGAACACACAUUUAUACUUUAUCGAACUUUUUACAAAAUAAUUUUUCCCAAGACUUAUUAUGAGGAGCCGACUGAUUUUUUAAAGAUAUUUUGAAAAGCUUCACGUACCCCCAGGGGUACGCGUACCCCCAUUUGAGAACCACUGAUAGACUAAUCACCGGCAUGUUACGCUGCGUUGGUGCCACAAGAGGCGGCCCAGCUACUGUAAGUACUGAAAGUGAUAUGGUGGUCAGCACGUGGUCAUACUUUGGAAGAGAGCAAUAUUUCUGUAUUUAAAAGGAUAUCUUGUUGGGGUUUCUUUUUUUUAAUAUUCUAAUUUUCUGAAUCUUGGAUUUUAAUUUAGCUACAAGUCAUAUUAAACAAAAUUAAUAGGAAUAACUUUCUUUGUAAUGAGUUUAUGAAAUAUAAAUUUCACUGUUUGUAUUUAAUGAGUGUAAAUGAACUUUUAAAUAAAAUUUUAAUAUGGAAAGAUGCACCUUGUUUAUGGCUAAAUGCAUAGGAUUUCUAAAGAUGAUCUCAUUCAGUUUUGUGUAAACAUUAAGCUGAAUUUCCCAGUUUGUUUUUACAGCCAGGCCAUUUGCAUGACUGCCUUAUUUAACUUCCUCAUCAGCAGUGGCACCUUGUCAGUAAGUGAGAGGCAGCUUUUCUUUCCAUUUUGUUAUAGUGUAUGAGCAAGGAGAUGACCUCAAUAGUAGUUUCUUCCUUUAAACCCUCUAAAUAAAGGUACGGUACAAAAUGUCCUUUUGGUGAGGAGAUGUGAUGGCCUAAAGAGAGGAAAAGCCUAGGCAAUAAGUGCAGAGGUGUGGCCCUCGUGACAGGUUCAUGGGGAGGAGCUGAGCUACCUGUGCUCUGCAGGCAGUCAGGACACAUUGAACACUACACCUGUUGAACUUCCCAGGCAGUCUCCCUCUUUCAACCCUCCUGUUCUCUUUCACUGACCUGAGGAAAGGGGGACCUCACCAUGGAUCCCAAGGAGGCCAGUGGGGGUGAGAAGGACAAGGAAAGACAUAUAAAAAGAAAAAACCGCCCUGUGUUCCUGCGGUACCUGGAGAGGAGAAAGACGGACACUAUAGUGGCCGAUGACAUGGCCAAAGGUGACAUCAACCUGGGGACGCUGGUGAGGAGGAGUCAGUCUGACAAGACGGAGUACAGCGCUAAACUUAAAGAGAAACUGAUGCCACUUGACCUGUCAGCUCUUCCCUCUCCGGUGCUGGACAUGGAAGAGAUUCGGUCCAGGAAGAUGAGCCGCAGGGCGAAAGUGAUAAAAGAACUUGUGCAAACUGAAAAGGACUACCUCACCGACUUGGAACUGUGCAUCAGAGAAGUCGUCCAGCCUCUACGAGUGUUACAGGUUGUUGAUGUGGACCGACUUUUCACCAACAUGGAGACGGUGUGUGAGGUGUCUGCAGCUCUUCUUCACAGAAUUCAUGUGUCCAUGUCUGACCCAGAUCCAGAAGCAGUCGUCAUAGGGGAAGUGUUUAUCCAGGCAAAGGCAGCUUUGGAAGAUGUAUAUAAGAUUUAUUGUUACCACCAUGACGAUGCCAACACGUCAUUGAAGGCCUAUGAAAAGGAGGAACAGAUAACGCAGCAUUUUACUGCUUGUAUCUUAGCAUUGAAAAAAAUCUAUGACCAAGAAGGAAAACCCAAUUUGUUGAACAUGGGCUCCCUGCUGAUCAAACCAGUCCAGAGAAUCAUGAAGUACCCAUUGCUUCUGGGGGAACUUUGGCAGGCCACCCCUGAAGACCACAUUGACUAUCUGCCCCUGCAGGAGGCGCUCACCGCUGCCAAGAUCAUAAACGUUAACAUCAAUGAGUUCAGGAGACGGAAAGACAUAGUUAUGAAGUACAAGAGGUCAGAAAACGAUGAAGGCACGUUGAGGGACAUGAUUAGCAAGAUUAACAUCCACUCCCUCCGGAAGAAAGGAGACAGGUUCGCAGGAUAUCUGAAGAUUCUCACUGGAGUAGAACCACAGGUGAGGGAUGAAGUGUUUGAUAAGGAAGAGAAACUGUUCAGGAGUCUGGAGAAAGCUGUGAGGCAACUGGCCAAGAAUGUGAACUGUUAUGUGCAAUACACUCAGGAGAUGGUGCCUGUUGCUGUUCAGAACGUGAAGGACAUGGAAAACAUGAUUACGAAUCUAAGCAAUGCAGACAUAAAUGGCUCAUCACACAAGAAUGGCAAAGACCCUUAUAAGUACUUUAAAGAGCGAAUGGAGGAGUUGGUUCUGGUGCCCCUCACCUCUCUGCAGGGCAUGUUCACAGCCCCGCAGAAGCUCAUCCAGAAGCGUUAUGACAAGCUGCUGGACUACUGCUGCCGCCUGGAGCGCUCCUCCUCUUUUUCAUCCUCAUCCUCAUCCUCCACCUCCACCGCGUCGUCCACCACCUCAUCAGCGUCAGAUGCACCUCCUGGUCCUGCCAAGAGAGACUAUGAAGCCAUCAAUGCUUUGCUUGUGGACGAGUUGCAGAGGUUCAACAAGGCAGCUUAUACUAUCCUGACAAACUGUGUGCUGUGUCUGGUGGCCCUUCUCAGAGGACUGAUGGGUUGCGCUUUGGUUGCAGCUCCGGCUGUUCACCAGCUGCCUCCUCCACUGUCAAACAUGGCUGAGGUGCAAAACAGCAUCAUGGAUGAGCUGAACAACCUGACUUUUGUGAAGGAUAAUGCUCAGAAGCUAAUGGAGAGAAAAGUCAGCUUUGAGAGGCAACGAGACAAAAAAACUGUGGUGCAGGAGGUGCAGCAUCAAACAGAGGAGCAGCGCGCCUGGCUGCUGGCGGAGUACCCGCCGGACCGCCUCUACCAGCUGAAGAGGAAAUGUAAUGGCUGUCAGGAGCAGGACCUCAGCCUGCUGGAGGGAGAGCUGGUGGCCUUGUUGGAGGAUACAGACCCUUUAGGCAGCAGCAGCCGUUGGCUGGUGCACAACGGAGGUGACAAAGGCUAUGUCUACUCCACGUUCCUGAAGCAGUACAACCCUCUGAGGGACUCCCAGCGGAGAAACCAGAAGGCCAAAGAGCAGCAGCAGCAGCCUGCUGUCAUCACAUACGAGGACUUUGACGACCUCAGCCUGUUUGUGUCACCCAGCAGCAGCAGCGUGCGUAGCCUCAGCAUGAACACCACAGACAGCAGCUCAACCCUCUCAGGUCUGCAGGGAGACCUGGAGAACGCUGAAGAACUGGAAGAGUCUGUGGAUGGUGACACCCAACAGUAUUAUGCCGUCUAUGCAUUUCAAGCACGCUGUGAACAGGAGCUGUCCCUGCAGGAGUACCAGCACGUCCGCAUACUCCAGUUCUGUGACCUGGGCGGAAACAAGCAGUGGUGGUUGGCUGAGGCCAAUGGACAGAAGGGAUACGUUCCUGCUAACUACCUUGGCAGAAUGUCAUAUGCAUGAAUCUAGAAUGUAAAAAUUACAAAAAGAAAGCAAUAUUAAUAAUUAUGACGUCAUACCAAACAUUUAUCUUCAGUAAUAUCGCACAUUUAGGAAAUUUUGGAAUCAAAUAUUUUGUAACUGUUCAAGGUUACAUAUUUAUCCAUUUUCAGUUUAAUACCAAAGUCACGAGAAAAGUAACUGCAAGGGCUUUUUUAUUGCUGUGUUGCAUCAGCUUCUAGUUCAUUGUUUUAAAUUUAUGUAAGAAAACUUUCCUUUUUUUUUACAUUUAAAGCCUUACAGAAUUAUUGGCACUGGUGAUAAAAAUAUCAUUAAAAGUGCUAAAUACCUAUAUACCACAGGUUUCUCCAGUACUCCAAUGAUCAAGCUUUGGAGUUUAUUUUUUCUCCAUCAUCCUCUUCACAGUGGAUGAUGGAAAGACAAACGUUGUUCCUUGUCUAUUCUUUUGCUGUCCGACUUCUAGUUGCUUUAAGGUGUUUUAUCAUUUCAUUGAUUUACAGCCAAGUUUAGGCGGCUAGCUAUAUUGUUAUCAUUUCCAGAUUGGCAAAGACCAACACAUAUUCAGAUUAUGGCAUGUUCUUUUGAUAUCCAUUUGGAAGAGUAGAUCAAAAUAUCUUUGGUGUCACAUCAGUCCAAAAAACAGCAAGUCAGGGGUUACCAAUUAAAAUGUAAAACACCCUGAAAAACACCUUUAAAAAAUUAAUUACAAUUUACCAAAAAUCUAUAGUUACACGCGCUUUAAAGGAUUUGUUAAGGGUGCCAAUGAGCUUAGUAUCGUUAACUCUCUAAAAGUAUAAAACUUAAUCACCACAGGAUAAAUGUACUCCGAUGAAAAGUUGGUUCACUGAUUUUGACUUUCAGAUGGAUAUUACUGAAAAAACACAAUUCUUAAGAUGUUUUUCCAACACAGAUUACUUGUGCCAAUAUGUGUAGAAAGCUCUGUAUGUGAUAACAUUUAAGAUCAGAAUUUGUCAACAAUCAUAACAUUGUUUUUUUAGACGAUAAAGCAAGAACAAGGUUUUUAUCUUUUUUGCACCCCUCCCAAAACCCCCAGAUCUGUUAACAUGUUGAAUUUCUGCUUUGUGAAUAAUGAAACUGCACUUUCUAGAUGUAAAUGUUUUCAACCACCAUGUAGAACUGCUUUGUCUUCAUGUGAAUGUAGUACGAGAGCUCACCGUUGGUUUUUAACCUGUCAUUUGGUUUGGAUGAGAGUUCAGAUGAAACUGCAGUGCACUUUGCUGAACACCUUUUGUACCUCAGUGUUGUUUAUAUUGAAGUGAUACGAUCAUGAAGUAAUAUGUGACUUGAUUUAGAGAUAAUUUAUAUAAAUGAAGAAAAUUGUGAAGAAUAUUUUUUAUGAUUUGUUCAAAAUGUUUUGAUUUGCAUUAUUCAUUUUUCUUAAAUUUGAAAGAUUUAAU